CUUCCGGCGAGGGAAGAUGGCUGCGGCCAUGCAGGACUCACGUGCGAGUGCGGGGAAGAAGCUGAAGAAUUCUCUGAAGAAGAAGAAGAAGAAGAAGAAGAAGAAGAAGAUCAAAGUAUUAGCCAGGGUUGUAACUUCGGAGGUGGAAGAUAAGGACAGAGACGCUGCCGCUACUGGAGGUUCUGUAAAAAGCUAUGGAUCGGAAAAGGAUCACUCUUCUGAUGAUGAUGAAGCAAUAGAAGCUGACAAUGAGGAGGAAGUUGAACCCUGUGACGAUUACAGUAAAAAUGCUGCAGAAUCCAGUGCUGGAACUAAUGCUGGCUGGGCGGAUGCCAUGGCUAAAAUCCUUAACAAAAAAACUCCUAAAAGUAAGCCCACCAUUCUGGUCAAAAACAAAGAGCUGGAAAAGGAAAAAGAGAAGCUAAAGCAGGAGAGACUGGAGAAAAGAGCACAGCUUGAUAAGAAGCGGGAAUGGGAAAUGAUGUGCAGAGUGAAGCCAGAUGUUGUCAGAGACAAAGAAACCGAGAGAAAUCUUCAGAGAAUUGCAACAAGAGGAGUGGUGCAGUUAUUCAACGCUGUCCAGAAGCAUCAAAAGAACGUGGAUGAGAAGGUGAAAGAGGCCGGGGGCUCUGUGAGAAAGCGUGCUAAGUUGAUAUCAACUGUCUCCAAGAAAGAUUUCAUCAGUGUUCUGAGAGGGAUGGAUGGUGAGAAAAGUUUACCUGGGAAAAGCCCAAAAGCCAAACAGAGUGCAGUGGAAGCAGAAUAGGGUCCAGGAUGGACGAUCCUCCGGGAUGACUUCAUGAUGGGAGCGUCCAUGAAGGACUGGGACAAGGAAAGUGACGAGCCAGACCACAGCUGACCAGGGCCUGCCAGCGACCUGGACAUGUGAU